UACAUUAGUAUUGGAGCGCUUUAAAGAAACACACGUUUCAAUAUCAAUGAGGUUGAAACCCUUUCUAUUGAAAUAUGUAAAAGAAAAAGGUUAAUUGUCUUAAUUCAAAUCUGUCGACCAGAUUUGGCUGUGAAAAAAGUACCCGGAAAAAAAAACAGCAUGAAAGAAAUCUCUGACAGCUCUCCAAUUUCCCACAUUCCACAGAGGGAGAGAACAAGUGGGAAAGAGAGGGACUGUACUAUGGACCCUGGCCUCCGUCUACAUUUAUAGAGUGCUGUUCGAGAAAAUGAUAACAUUUGAGUCGGUUUCUUUCCACUAACGAGGUGUUUCACACAUUAGAAAUGAGCUCGCGUAGUGCUAACGGUAUCAAUGUGGAACUUGGGGAGUGCAUCAACAACACGGGCUUCCAUGAAGUUGACAAGACAGAGGGUGUUGUUGAUGGAGACGCGGAGAACACGAUCUCGGCGGUCAGUGGGUCCCCAAACGGAGAGGGAGAUGCCUAUACACAAAUCAAGCCUUACGCGGGCAUGCCCAAAGAGGUCCUGCUUUUAUAUUCGCAGCAAGCUCGCUACCGGCUGCCACGGGAGAUCCUGUUCUGGCUGAUCCUCGUUUGCACACUGGCGUUGGUCGCGCUGACCAUCACAGUGAUCGCCCUGUCCCCUGCGUGCCUCAGCUGGUGGCAGUCUUCUCCGGUUUACCAGAUCUACCCACGCUCCUUCAAAGACUCUGACGGCGAUGGCGUCGGAGACCUCAAAGGAAUCACAGAACAACUUGAACACAUUGAGUUCUUGAACAUCAAGGCCAUCUGGAUCAGUCCCUUCUACAAAUCCCCCAUGAAGGACUUUGGCUACGAUGUGGAAGACUUCAGAGACAUCGAUCCACUAUUUGGCACCAUGCAAGACUUCGAUGCCCUCCUCGCUGCCAUGCAUGACAAAGGGUUGAAGUUGAUAAUGGAUUUUAUCCCUAACCAUACCAGUGACAAGCACCAGUGGUUUAACCUCAGCAGGAGUGGACACGAGCACUACAAGGAUUACUACAUCUGGGCCGACUGCAAUAGUACCCACCCACCUAACAACUGGGUGAGCGUGUUCGGGAACACAUCCUGGACGUACGUUGAAGAUAGGAAGCAGUGUUACUACCACCAGUUCCUCAAGGAGCAGCCCGACCUCAACUUCCGCAAUCCACACGUCCGACGGGAGAUGACAGAGAUUGUUCGGUUCUGGCUGGAGAAGGGAGUGGAUGGGUUCCGUAUGGAUGCUGUGAAGCACAUUCUGGAGGCCAAACACCUGAGGAAUGAGCCCCAGGUCAAUCCCCUACAGAGUCCGGAGACAAUUGACACGGAGUUUGAGCUCCACCAUGACUACACUGCGUCUCAGUUGGGGCUGCAUGACAUCCUGCGCGACUGGAGGGCAGAAAUGGAGGUCUACAGCCGGGAACCAGGCCGAUACAGGGUAAUGAUAACAGAGUCCUACGACUACGAAGAGAUUGAGAAGACCAUGAUGUACUAUGGGACGCCCAACGUCAAAGAGAGCGACAUCCCUUUCAACUUCUACCUGCUUGACCUUCCCAGAAAUCUGACUGGAGCUGGGGCUCAAGGCCUGGUCAGUCUGUGGUUGGCCAACAUGCCUGAAGGGAAAUGGCCGAACUGGGUGGUUGGGAACCACGACAAGCCUCGCAUCUCCUCCAGCGCUGGUCUAGACUACAUUAGAGUGAUCAACAUGCUACUGCUCACCCUGCCCGGCACGCCCACCACCUACUACGGAGAGGAGAUCGGCAUGGAGAACAUCAAUGUGACCCUUGACCAGAUUCAGGACCCCUUUGGACAAUUUAACCCUAACUCCAGUCGCGACCCUCAGAGGUCCCCCAUGCAGUGGAGCGCUGGGCCGAACGCCGGCUUCAGUGACGCCAAUAACACCUGGCUGCCUCUGCACCCCAAUUACACCACAGUCAACGUGGAGGCCCAGCAGAAGGACAGCGGUUCAGUUCUGGCUCAGUACCGGGCUCUUAGUAACCUGCGGGAGGCGGAGCUGCCUCUCCACAGGGGCUGGAUGUGUUACGUCCGCAGCAACACGGACGUCUUCGCCUUCCUGAGGGAGAUGGACGGCCUGGACAAGGCUUUCCUGGUGGUGCUCAACUUCGGGGAGGACUCCGUUCUGGACCUCUCGGACGUCGAGGAGCUGCCGGAGCGGAUGACGGUGCGGAUGAGCACCAAGCAGGAGAACGACGGGAGGCAGGUGGAGAAGUCCUCGAUCGCCACGGCCCGGGGGGAGGGGCUGUUGAUGGAGUACUACGCCCACGUCCGCUUCAACCCCGGCCACGCCUCCCGGUGCUUCGUCUCAGAGAAGGCCUGUUACCUGGGGGCCCUUGACAUUCUCUACAAGUGCUGAGUACUUCGGCGUCAGAGUAGAAAUCCUCAUCUGCAUUGACAAUCGGACGUGUCGUGAUGAGACUGACUGUGACUGAGUCUGUGUACGUUUAAGUGUGUUUACUGUUGGGUGUGCACAUAAAAGAAAGAAAGAAAAAAAACAACGACAAUUUGUUCUCAUUAAAAACAGCAUCGGUGUUGUAAAUGUCUUUUUCAUCACAUG